AUGAAGGAUCUUCCCGUCCCCGUGCUGAUCGGGAGAGACUGGCCAGGGGUUGACUGCCUGCUGGCCACGGCUAUGCAGCCUGCCAGCCCGGGACGGGGCCGCCGAAGAAGGAGGCCCACGACAGGACAUCGUCAGCGGCCCGUGCUUCUGGCCUCGGAUAGCGGGAGAGAAGUCCCGCAGGCCUCAACUGGCUUCACCCCCUUCGAGGUCCUAUUUGGCCGGCAACCCCGCGACCACCUGGAUAUGGCGAAGGAAGCCUGGGAGCAACAGCCGGCAGCCCAUCGCUCUGUAAUCGAGCAUGUCAAACAGAUGAGGGAAAGGAUCGACCGGCUGGAGGGACGGAUCCUCAACAGCACGGCAGAGGCGCUGCGGCUGUCCGCCCUCUACAGGGAGCUGGAGGUGCGCUUCUCCUCGCUGGCCGCGCUGGUAAAUAACCAGUCGCUGCUGAUCGCAGCUUUGGAGGAGCGAUGCCUGCAGGUGUACUGGAAUCACAGACGAGAGCCGCUGCCUCCGCCUCUUGUGCAGGUCGUGCCUGAGAACAUCCCCGUGUACGUGCCUCGCUUCUCUAAUGAGAUCCAGAGGAGUCAAGGCUGGCCCGUUCCAGAGGACAGGAGUCCCAGGACGGCUCCGGCAACCACAGGAGGCUUGCUGGACCUGCAGCAUCCUCCUCAGGGGAAUGUCAGUCUGGAGGGUCCCUUUCGGGACUGUCUUCAGGCGAUGCAGGCUGGACACUCCACCAGUGGGACGUAUCUACUGAAGCCGGACGGGACGGAGACGCCUGUACAGGCCUGGUGUGAGCAUGAUGUAGACAGAGGCGGCUGGACGCUUAUCCAGAGGAGGAAAGAUGGAUCCGUCAACUUCUUCAGGAACUGGGACAGCUAUAAGAAAGGCUUUGGUGAUGUGGAUGGUGAACACUGGCUGGGUCUGGAAAACAUCUAUAACCUGGGCAAACAGGAAGACUACAAGCUGCUGGUGGAGCUGGAGGACUGGAUGGGGAAGAAGGUUUACGCAGCCUACAGCAGCUUCCACCUGGAGCCCGAGAGCCAGGCGUACCGUCUGUGUCUGGGAACCUACCAGGGCAACGCUGGGGAUUCACUGAGCAGCCAUAACGGCAAGCAGUUCACCACGCUGGACCACGACAACGACGCCUUCUCAGGUAACUGUGCUCAUUUCCACAAGGCUGGCUGGUGGUACAGCGCCUGCGGUCAGGCCAAUCUGAACGGCGUGUGGUACUCUGGAGGAGUCUAUCGCAGCCGCUUUCAGGACGGCGUAUUCUGGGCCGAUUAUGGAGGGGGUUUUUACUCCAUGAAGUCUGUGCGUAUGAUGAUCAGACCCAUCGACUGAAGCCUGACGGACAAAUGAAAGUGUAUCAGCACCAUUUUGUAAUUAAACUUUAUUUCGGUCUUCUCAGUGUCAUACUUUAAGCACAUUUUGCCAAAGCAUAUCCACAACAAGAAGAUGUUUGACAGGGUUUUUCAUGAUUAGAAAUAAAUCAUAAAAACAUCUGUGAUGACUACACGGCAAAACGUGGUACAUCUAACUGCUACCUUUUUCUACAUGAUUUAACCCAUAAAAAUAAGCUUUGUUGGUAUAAAUGAAUGUAUUUAGGUUAAUUCAGUGAUAUCAGUUUUUCUCGAUGCAUCAUGAGCUUUCCAGUGAGAACAUAAUGUAACAAGAUUUUGAUUUAACAUCGGAAGCUUUGUUUAAAUGUUCUAAUUAUUACAGUAGUGCAUUCAACUCCAAAUAAUGUGCGUCAUUCUGUCAUUUUGAUCAAAGAAAAAGUCUCUAGAAACGUUCAAACAUGUAUUUAAUACACAUUUAGGGGAAAUAAAGCCUUUCAUACACCA